AUGGCAACCGAGCCAGGCAAGAGAACCGUUACAUACGGUCGUUUCAACUCUCUGCAAACAAUCUCCGUGGCCACCCUUCCACCGCGCCUAGAUGGCUACUGGGUAGUCUACAUCCACGGCGGCGCCUGGCGCGACCCGACAAUCACAGCCGACACCUUUGAAAGGACUGAAAAUAUCCUCCGCGACUCGCCCAGUCUCCCAAUCGCCGGUUUCGCCUCCAUUUCCUACCGACUGAGCGCGCAUCCAAACCACCCCCAGGAUGAGACGACACCGCGGGAGCACUAUCGUGAUGCGAAGCACCCAGACCACAUCCGCGACGUCGAGGCCGCGCUCGCAUUCCUCCAGAACACUUAUUCCUUCGGCGCAAAGUACAUUCUCGUCGGACACAGCUGCGGCGCAACCAUGGCUUUUCAGGCCGUCAUGGGCGCUGUUGCGGGACACAGGGAAGUGCUGUUCAAUGGUACAAACGACAAUGACGCACGCACAGAGACCAUUUCCACAUCGCCUGGUCCCCUGCCUCCGCGAUUGACGUCACAACCCACAGCCAUCGUUGGCGUAGCCGGGAUAUACGAUUUGCGACGAUUGCGCGACGAUCAUUCGGAUAUCUCUGCAUACCGUGAAUUUAUCGAGGGCGCAUUUGGGGCGGACGAGUUGCUCUGGGAUGCCGUGUCGCCUGCGCAGAUGUUUGGGUCAAGGGGGGUGGAGGGUGGCUGGAAGAAUGGGCGAUUAGUUAUCUUGGCGCACUCGAAAGAUGAUGAGCUUGUCGAUGCUGGCCAGCUGGAAGCGAUGAAAGAUGCACUGAAAGGCUGGGAACAGGACCAGGCGCAGGUUCCUGUGCAUGAACUCACAGAUAGUAGUCGCCGAGUCCGCGCCAUGUCUAUUGAGGGUGCUCAUGACGAGGCCUGGUUAACGGGCGAGGAAUUGGCGAGGACGAUCAAGUAUGCCUUCGUGGAGCUGCUGAGGAUGGGGCUUGCGCCUGAGCCGGAGCCGUUUGGGGGUCAAUCUUCAUAG